CAGGAAUCGACCUUUUCACUAACGCUCAGCACCAGGCUAAUGACAGACCAAAGGCAACGGAUUAUCGAUUCGGUAUUCUCAAGACGGAAUGCUUCUGGAAGUAUUGAAGAAAAUUACGUCUCUCAUAUUAAAAUAUUGGAAGAUUCCCCAGAAACCGGAGGCACGAAACCCAGAUACAUACUUCUCUCUCAAACGAUCAGUGGGAACGGGUUUCUUCACAAAUCGAAGCUGAACACGAAUGGCACAUUUUCUGUUGGAAAGACGUGGAGACUCCCAGAGCUGCGCGCGGUACAGGUCACUAGUGCCCAAUCCUUCAGUAUCACCUUGUCCAGGACCUACCGGUGGCGGACCGAGAAUGCAGCGGACCAGGUCAGAUUUCUAGAGGCACUCAUCCCGCUCUUCCAUACCGUUACCGAGGGGAAAGCGCCAUUGCAAGUCGAAGGAUUCCCAAGUACAGAGGAUCUACCACAGGGCCGACAGCGAAUCCAGAAUGGUUAUAUGCGUACGCCAAGGACCCCGUCACCAUCGCCUUUUGACUCGAGCAGUAUACAACAGCCGCUUAUAUCUGCGCUCCAGCCUACAGGCUCGAAACCGCUCUCACAGAGCCAAAGCGACAGGGAUCACGAAUCUAUGCAACUGCCUCGGUCGCAAUCACGGCCAGGGCCACCUUCUCGACCAGCUUCUCCUGCAUACUCAAAUCGGAGUCACCCGUCCUCUAUUCGUACAAGAGAACCAUCAUCUUCCCGUGCCCGGCCCUCAUCCCCUGCAUAUUCCCAGACCAGUUCUAUCCCCUCCGCCCCAGCUCGAUCAGCAUUCCGCCAGUCUGCCUCCUCUUCUGCUACUACGGCGCAACCGAAUGUACAACCUUCUCGCCCUAUUCAAAGUGCGAGGCCUGUAAUGGAUACAAGAGACAGUCCAACAUCAUCCGUCAUCCCGCCUAUAGAUGAUCGAUUUACGCUCGCGGCGGCGCCUUCUCAGGCUGCACGUCCACGCCCUACUCCUUCACCAGCUGCCUCGAACCGCACGCGUAUGCAAUUAACGCGUGCAACUACCUUACUUGUUCCCGCAGACGGAUCUUCAAGUAGACGAGAGAACACGCGUAUAUCAUUCUUCGAUCCAACUAACCAAGGCACCAUAGACCGGUUGAUCGGUAGUAACGCCGCUGGGGUCGACGGUGAGGAGGAGAAUGCGCAAGCAACUAUGGCCAAUGUAGAAGAAAUGAUUGAGGGCUAUGAGUGGGCUAGUGAAGAUAUAAUAGGAAGAAAAACAGCACGAGGUGCCGCUGAGAUGAUAGAGGCCAGAUUGUUGGACGAGCUAAUGGCGCUUGAAAAGGCCAAUAUCCAUUCCUUCCUAGAGUCAGAUGACCGGAUUGGUAUCGUACUCAAAUAUAUGGAUGAAGCCAUAACGGAACUGGACAGUAUUGGGAGUCUCAUCCAAUCGUACAAGGUACACUUGAACGCGGUUGGCGACGACAUUUCCUACAUCCAAUCUCAGAAUCGUGGUCUUCAAGUACAGACGCAAAAUCAACAUGCUCUUCUGGCUGAGUUAGAAAACCUUCUGCAAACGGUUCAAGUUGACAAAGAAGUGCUCUUGACUUUGACUCAGGAUUCCCUCAGGGACUCCAGUAGCAUACAAAGAAUUGAAGAGGCUGCCGCUGAGCUCUACAAAGCCCUACAAGCUGGAAGGGAUACGGACAUGGCCGCCACCAUGGAAAGGUUGCAGGAAUAUCGGACACAUAACGCGCAAUUCUGUAAACGCAUAUUCGAUUACCUGUCCAUAAUGUUCAGUGCACAGUCUAAGCUGCUUCUGGGAGACAACGAGGGAUUGACGAAAACUGACAGACGUGGCAGACCGACGAUAAAACCACACACAGAUCUGGAGAAUUACCUAGGGAGAUAUUCAGGUCUUAUGCUGUACUUGAAGGAGAUGGAUGAAGCUGUGUAUGCCAAACUAUGCGCUGCUUACUUCUCAGCCCUUAAUGAUCUACAUGGUACUCAAAUCAGAGCCAUGCUAUCGAAUUGCCUCAGCCUGAUCAAGAAAGCAUCGGAGGAGGAUCAGGAACAAGGUAUUGGCUCGGUGGCCACGCCCUCGGUCAGUAGACCGACUGGCAUCAAACGCGCAGGAACAUUGAUUCGAUCUCCACUGGAAAGCCGUAGAGACAAGGACAGGUCUGACGGUACCAUGAGAUCAUCUGAGGUUCUAGGGCUCGCCCUAGAGCAGAUUGCACCCACAGUUUACCAUGAAGAAGAGUUCAUCACAGACUUUUUGCAGAUAAAUGAUGCGGCGCUGACUUUCGCUGACUAUAUGGGCCUUGACAACUAUUUCCGACGUCAGGCCGCCCGCAGCGCCAGCGUCAGCCAGACGACAAUGAAACUCGUCCGGGGUGCUCUUGACCUCAUUUUCAGCUUCUUACCGUCGGAACUGAAGACUUGGCUUGACAGCGCGCUGGCCAAGGAUAAAGCACAGAUCUUUGGUCUGAUAGCAUGUUUGGAACGUUUUUUGGCUGUUGCUGAUGACAGAGGAAACAACUUUUUCGUCGGUCUUCUCGAAAAGCAGCAUACACGCCUUAAAGGCCUUCUUGAUCGUCACGUUAACGAGCAAAUCCAAGGUGUUGAGCGAACGAAGUUGACGAGCAAGAAGCGCAAGGGUGUAGUUCCGUUUGUGCGACUGUUCCCAGGUUACAUCGGACGUGUCGAAAGUCAGCUUCUCGGUACGAACGGUCUCGAGGUACGAACUAUCGUUGAUGGAGCGUACGAACGUAUCGUGGACACCAUGUUCGAGUCCCUCAAACAAAUGGCCAAAAUGGAUGGGGAAGGCGAAGACAAGGGACAGCUGAACUACCAUGUCAUUCUGAUAGAAAACAUGCAUCAUUUUGUGGCGGAAAUUUCCCAGAUGGAGCUAGGUUCUGUGGCGGGGUUCCUGCGCAAGGCGGAAGCGAUAUAUGAUGAGAAUCUGGGUGCCUAUGUCAAAAUCAUACUUCGUCGGCCGUUCGCGAAAAUCAUCGAUUACUUUGAAGGUGUUGAACGAUUGCUGAAGACUACCGCGCCGAGCGAGAUUGCGACCAAUAACAGCUACAACAGAUCUGCACUGAAGAAAGUCGUCAAGGAGUACAGUGCAAAGGACAUUCGGAAACACAUUGAUGCCCUCUUUAAGCGAGUGGAGAAACACUUUACAGAGGCAUCCGAAAAGACCACGACAGAGGAGAGCGGUGGAAUUGCUCCCGGUACUGUGAUGGUGGGCGUCUGGAAGGCUUGCGAGGAAGAGUUGCUGAGAAUCACGGAGCUGUUUUCCAAACGGAUAUCGCAGUGCUAUCCAGACAGUGGUGUUUCCUUAGAUUAUACCUCGGUGGAUGUCGAGGCGGCAUUUAGGCGUCACCGAGUCGGAGGAGUCUGAUGCAUUAUCAUUAUGAGCUUUUACUGAUGGAAUUGGGAGGCCUUGUACUGUGAAACGCGUUACACAAGCACACUAUUUGUAAAAAUGGCGAAGCGA